ACUAUGACGAUGCUACUUCAACAGAUAAUGAAGAUAUUAAUAUAACUUCACAAGUUUCCUUGUCAGAUAAUGAAAGUGAUAAUGGCAUCAUUUCUCCUCAAGUUUCCUCGUCAGCUUAUGAAAAUAAUAAAGCUAUUUUGCCUCAUUCAGUUUCUUCCAUCCACAAAAAUAAUGAAGCUACUUCGUCUCAUCCAGUUUCUUCUGUUCAUAAAAACGAUGUUUCUUUGCUACAGGGCAAUGAUAUUGCUUUACCAGCUCAUAGAAAUGAUUCGGAAAUAAUUACGAAUCUUAAAAUUUUCGUACAGCAAGUAGUCAAAACUGUCCUUGUUGCCCAAGACAAUCAUAAAGAUAUGCAAAACGCCAUCAGAAAGUGUGACGAGUAUACUAUCGAUCUUGAAAUUCCAACCAAAAUUGGAAUA